ACCAUGAGGACCUCAUACAUCUAAGGAAGCAAGAUAAAGAAACAUAUCCGUUUGUGGCAAAGCCAGCUGUGUGCUACUGUAGAGAGGAUGAGGCUAUUGAGUGUGGCUACUUGCAAUCUAAAUCAAUGGUCUAUGGACUUCCAUUCCAAUACUAACCGAAUCAAAGACUCCAUUUCCAAAGCCAAACAAGCCGGCGCUGUCAUCCGCCUUGGACCGGAGCUUGAGAUUCCCGGCUGUGGCUGCGAAGACCACUUCUUAGAGCUCGACACCAUCAACCACUCAUGGGAAUGUUUGAAGGAUAUAUUGGUUGGUGAUUGGACUGACGGCAUAGUGUGCAGUAUUGGAAUGCCUGUUGUCAAAGACUCUGAGAGAUAUAACUGUCAGGUUUUGUGUUUCAACAGAAAGAUUAUUAUGAUAAGACCCAAAAUGUGGCUUGCAAAUGAUGGUAAUUAUAGAGAACUUCGAUGGUUUACUGCUUGGAAACAAAGGGACCAACUUGAUGAUUUUCACCUUCCUCUUCAUGUUUCUGAGGCAUUGGGCCAAAAAUCAGUUCCUUUUGGUUAUGGCUUUGUUAAGUUUCAAGACACAGCUAUUGCAGCUGAAGUUUGUGAAGAGCUUUUUACUCCAUGUCCUCCUCAUGCUGAGCUUGCAUUAAAUGGAGUUGAAGUGUUUAUGAAUGCAAGUGGAAGUCACCACCAACUUAGAAAGCUCGAUGUUCGUCUACAUGCUAUUAUCAGUGCCACGCGUACUAGCGGAGGGGUCUAUAUGUACAGUAAUCACCAAGGCUGCGAUGGUGCUCGCCUUUACUAUGAUGGAUGUGCCAGUGUGGUGGUAAAUGGUGAUGUUGUUGCUCAGGGUUCCCAGUUUUCCUUAAAUGAUGUUGAGGUUAUGGUAGCUCAGAUAGAUCUUGAUGUGGUGACAAGCCUUAGAGGAUCUUUAAGCAGCUUCCAAGAGCAAUCAAGUUGUAAAGUCAAGGUUCCUUCGGUAGAUGUACCAUAUAGUUUAUGCCGUCCUUUUGAUCUUAAAAUACGCCUUUCUGUUCCAUUGAAGAUAAAAUAUCAUUCUCCUGAGGAGGAAAUAGCAUUUGGACCUGCCUGCUGGUUAUGGGACUAUUUACGAAGAAGUGGAGCAUCUGGUUUUCUGCUCCCUCUUUCUGGUGGAGCAGAUAGUUCCGCUGUUACUGCGAUUGUCGGGUGUAUGUGCCAGCUGGUUGUGAAAGAAAUUGCAAAUGGGAAUGAACAAAUUAAAGCGGAUGCAAUACGAAUUGGAAACUAUAAGGAUGGACAGUAUCCGACAGACAGCAGAGAAUUUGCUAAACGAAUAUUAUAUACUGUGUUCAUGGGAUCUGAAAACAAUUCAGAAACUACGAAGUCGCUAGCCAAGGUGCUGGCAGAUGAAGUUGGUUCAUGGCACCUUGGUGUUAGCAUUGAUGGACUUAUAUCUUCUCUUUUGUCAUUGUUUAAAACACUUACAGGAAAGCAACCACGCUACAAGGUAGAUGGUGGAUCCGAAGUUGAGAAUUUAAGCUUGCAAAACAUUCAAGCUCAAAUCAGAAUGGUGAUAGCUUACAUGUUAGCGUUACUCUUACCUUGGGUUCACAACAAACCUGGGUUUUAUCUUGUCUUGGGGAGCACCAAUGCGGAUGAAGCGUUAUGUGGUUACUUGACCAGGUAUGAUUGCAGCUCAGCAGAUAUAAAUCCUAUCGGCAGUUUAUGUAAGCAGGACAUUCGAGCAUUCCUGCAAUGGGCAGCCAUCCAUCUUGGUUACUCAUCGUUGGCAGAUAUAGAAGCAGCUCCACCUACAGCUGAACUUGAGCCUAUAAGUUCUGACUACAUUCAGACUGAUGAAGUUGAUCUAGGAAUGAGUUAUGAGGAACUAUCUGUUUAUGGAAAAUUACGAAAAACUUUCCGCUGUGGUCCAGUUUUCAUGUUCCAGAAUCUAUGUCACAAAUGGGGUGCAAGAUUGAGUCCAUCACAAGUGGCAGAAAAAGUUAAACUCUUCUUCACGACAUAUUCUAUAAAUCGAUACAAAAUGACCACAUUAACACCUUCCUAUCAUGCUGAGAGUUAUUCACCAGAGGAUAAUAGGUUUGAUCUUCGUCAGUUUCUCUAUAAUACAAGUUGGCCAUAUCAAUUUCGAAAAAUUGAUGAACUCGUACAUGAGCUAGAUGUCAAAGAUGUUCAAAAUUUAGGAAACCAUGAAAAAGUGGCAGCUCUAUCCAAUGGUAUUGGUGGAAUUGGAGUUGCAGUGGCAGCUCUAUCAAAUGGUGUUGGUGGUGGGGUGGGAGUUGCUGCAGCAGGUUCAGUCAAUUCAAAUGUUUGAAUCUAGUUGAAUUUAAUCUCCCUAAUAAGACAAUAAAAGAAGAAGGUUAACACAGUUUGUCUGAACAUGUAUGUUUGGUUUGUGAUUGUUGUUGAGGCGUUUGUCGGUUCAUUUAACGACUUAUUGAUAGUUUGGAAUUCUAUUUUAUUGGAACGGCUACACUUGGGUUUGUGUGUUGAGUUGCAAGGAGUAGUUAUGUUUGUUAUAAAUAUUAACAUUUAUACUCUUUCUUGUUUGUCUAGCAAGAAGAAAUUGUGAAAGAAGAGAAUGGUGUAUUUCUCGUAAUUUAAAUAGUCGUGUGUUUCUGGAGCAUUGGUCACAUUGGUGUUUCCGACUCUCCCAAACUCUCCAACAUGGUGAUCAGAGAAAUUACGGCAAGAAAUCACGGGGAGCAAGAAACUACGCUUGCUAGCUUCUUAAAAGCACUAUAAGGUGAUCCACUGAGUUACCAAACACGUGUUAAAUUUUAUGUUCGCAGUUUUCACGUUAAAUGACCUUAGCAUGUGAUAUUUAGAAGGCAUAUUUCAAAAAGAUACUAAGGCAAUUUUGAGCAGUAAGAAAAGAAGAGGAAUGACAAGUAAUAGUAGACAUAAUGAGAUGCUAGAAUUCAGGUUCGUGGAGCCCAUGGAGGUGGUAUAUGUAGAGCUCUUAAUUUAUGGAGCUUUUAAAAAGAGGGUUUUUCAUUACAUCUUUAGUAAUUCUCUCAAAAAUUUUCAUUACAUCUUUAGUAAUUCUCUCAAAUUUUAUGGAAACUUGUGCGAGUUUCAAAUUGGAACACACCAUAAUACAUCAAAUCUCUUUAUCAAAAAUGCAUUCAAUUCAAGCAAAAUUACGUUCAGAUUACAAAAUCCGAAUAUACCUUUCGAA